UCGAAAAUGUCCCGAACAAUGCCAUAUGAUGAGAAGUGUAAUGCUGACGUAAAUACAAACAUGUCUGCAACUUCAUCUCCACAGAAGUCCGACUUGGAUUUGAAAAGCGCGAAAGACAGAUGGAGCAAGCUCAAAACAUCAAUGAACGCUGCUAAUAACAUAAAUGCCAAGAAACAUAGACGUCUUAGCCGAGGGGAUUCAUUUUUGAGAAAGUUUUCAACAAGAAAUCAGUCUGAGGCUCAGACAUCAAACGAAACUGAAGAGGACCAAGUUUACAAAUUUCAAAUUCAGAAACACAAGACCUUUAAAUCGCUAGUGGUUCACCCCUCGGGUGGUGUAAUGUUCUAUUGGCUCGGUAUAGUUACCCUUGCAGUAUUAUAUAACAUAUGGACAUGCAUUGCUCGGGAGGCUUUUAGAGAGAUCCAGCGAGGAUAUAUGUACAUAUGGUUUUUAUUCGACGGCCUAUGUGAUUUUGUCUAUGUGUGUGAUAUCUUUGUGCAAUUCAGAACUGGAUACCUUAACCAAGGUCUAAUGGUUUACGACUCAAGAAAACUAUGCAAAAACUAUACCAAAGAUAAAUGUUUCAUUGUUGACAUUAUUUGUUUGCUUCCCCUCGAUUUUCUGCAAUUCUACACAGGCAUUCAUCCGAUGUUGCGAUUCCCGAGAUUCCUAAAAAUAUACCGUGGUAUCCGCUUCAUGCACAUGUACGAAUCAAGGACUGCCUACCCGAACCUCCUUCGAGUAGCCAGCUUGACCCACAUUCUGUUUCUCGGCUCACAUUGGUUUGCUGCAUUCUAUUACUUGAUCUCAGAAGCUGAGCAUUUCGAAGGUGACUGGUCCUAUCCCAAGCCAGAAGGACGAUAUGCAGCAGUGACCAGGAAGUAUUUGGCCUCCUUGUACUGGUCAACACUGACUCUGACCACAAUUGGGGAUCUUCCACCACCUGAUUCGAAUUGGCAAUACAUCUUUGUGAUCGUCAGUUACCUUAUCGGCGUUUUCAUAUUCGCUACAAUUGUUGGUCAAGUUGGCAACGUCAUAACCAACAGAAAUGCUAGCAGGCAGGAGUUCGAACGGUUGCUGGACGGAGCGAAAUUCUAUAUGCAAAUGCACAACGUACCAACAGAGCUACAGAAGCGAGUCCAAAGAUGGUACGAUUAUGUGUGGACAAGAGGUCGAUUAAACUGCAAUGACAUUAAUUCGCUUGGUCUCCUUCCCGAUAAAUUGAAAACGGAACUCGCAUUACACGUCAACCUUGGAACACUGAAAAAGGUCACGAUUUUCCAGAAAUGCCGGCCAGAGUUUCUUCAUGAUUUAAUGCUGAAAAUGAGGGCCUACAUCUUUACUCCGGGUGACCUUAUAUGCCGCCGCGGAGAAGUGGCCCGGGAAAUGUUCAUUAUAGCAGAUGGAGUCGUAGAAAUACUUGGUGAGAAUGGAGCCGUUCUAACCCAGAUGAGCACUGGUGAUUUCUUCGGUGAAAUUGGCAUCCUGAAUAUAGAUGGUGGCAUUAAUAGGCGCACGGCUGAUGUACGAUCUGUCGGCUAUUCGGAACUAUUCGUGUUGUCUAGGGAAGAUGUGUUGAGCGCGCUGAAAGACCAUCCGGAUGCAGAGCAAAUAAUACGAGAGUAUGGCCAAAGACGACUUAAAGAAACAGAGGAGCAUCGGAAGAUGAUGCGCAGCGCUCCUAGCUCUCCCGAUCCAACCGCAUUCAGAGGACAAAAGAAUACAAAUAAGGUUCACAGCGAGUACCAGGGAUCUCCGAUAAUGAAGCAUCUCCCUCACGUUAAAUGUUUACAGAAGUUGCCCCAAAUGUCGCCAAAACUGCGCAAGUUGUUCAGUCUCAGAAGCCAACGACUUCAGAAGAACGACGCCAGACGGAACAACUCCUUGUCGGAGAAAGCCGAUCAUAUGUCACACCGUUUUCCUACACAGAAUGUGGUGCUGGAUGAUGAAGAACUUAAAAUAGAUGCAUUGAAAAUAAAUGAUAACGGUAUUAAUAUUUCAAAGAUUGGUUUAGAUUGUAUAAAUGAGAAGGACAGUUCACCGGACAAUGAAUGGAACAGUGUGAAACCAGAAAACGGGCCUAAACUUGCUGACCUAGUUCUAAACCUAUUGAAAACUAAACGACAGUUGAGUGGCUACAGUUCCGUCGAUACAGAUGACCAGGACAUCGAGAAGCAGUUUGAGGAUAUAAAAAUCGAUAACAUUAAUGAAAUCACAGCUGCAGGAGAUUCCAAGCCGACAAAAACGUAUGUAAAACGUCCAUCGGUACCGGGACUAAGCAUGCGACGUUUGUCUGACAAGUUUAAAUUCAGACGCAAAUCGGAUACAAGAGUUAAAUCAUCCAAGCACAAAGGAUCUUCCUAUGAACCACCACAGAUUGUACUAACCCCUAACAGUGAUACUACUCUGAGCAGCAGCAGUAGUAGUAGUAGUAGUAGCGAUGGUGAUGUGUUCGACGGUCAUUCUCACCGCUGUGUCGGGAGGAGCGAUGUUAAACCUGUCAGUCCAUUCUUUUCUCGUCUCACAAGCAGAAAAAGCAGUCCUUGUAUAUUACCUGUGCCCUCCACAAUACAAGCUAGGCAAACACGAAAGUACAGUUGUACCCCACCCCUUGAUUUGCCUAUAGAGGUGCCGAAGUUUUCCAACUUUCGCGGUAUAGGUGCAAAUGCGUCAGAAAUCCAUUUGGCACUUGACCGAUUCAACAAAUCAAUAGAAAGCAGGAUGGGUGAAGUCGAAAUAGCAUGUAAAGAGACACAGUGUAUGGUUCAAGACUCAAUUUCUAAACAGGAAAAAAUAUUGAAAUCGAUUCUUAAAAAACUAUCACCAACAAGGAUCAAUCACGAUGAACAGUGCCAAAGGGACUCAACGACAACGUCGACAUUAAGUUCUUCCAUCAAAUCCAUAGCAAUAGGAAAUGAGCCAGAUGUUGAUGUCAAGGGGGAACGCGCUGACAUUGUGGAAAGCAUCGUCUCAACAGAUUGCCAAUCUGAAAUGAUUAAGGAAACCCGUAUAAAAGAUCAUGAAUUGGAAAUCUUUAUGGAAACGAGUCUAAAAGAUCGCCAAUCAGAAGUGAGUAAGAGCAUCAGUGUUACAGAUCGCCAAUCAGAAAUGGACAAGUAUACCAGUCUACCUGAUACUGAGUGUGAUACGCAGAGUGCCAAAAAUAGUAUUGAUACAUUCGAUGACAUGUUGGAAACAAGCGAUAAUGUAGAUAGUCAAAAUCAAUUGAACUCAGAACAAAUAAUGGUGUUAUUCUCAGAUAUACCUGACGACUUGAAUUUGGAAGAGAUAAAAAUUACACAUUUGUAAAUGCUCC